UCCACCUGACUUGGUGGACUUUCACCUUGAAGCUGGGAGGAAAGGGAACGGAGAUCACCGGUCUGAGAGCAGGAGCCCAGGGUGGCACCCAGAGCCCAGGACCGAUGGCCAAGUUUCUUUCCCAGGACCAGAUUAAUGAGUACAAGGAGUGCUUCUCCCUGUAUGACAAGGAGCAGAGGGGGAAGAUAAAAGCCACUGACCUGAUGGUGGUGAUGAGGUGCCUGGGGGCCAGCCCCACACCGGGGGAAGUGCAGCGGCACCUCCAGACUCACCAAAUAGACAGAAAUGGAGAGCUGGAUUUCUCUACCUUCCUGACCAUUAUGCACGUGCAAAUGAAACAAGAAGACCCAAAGAAAGAAAUUCUCCUGGCCAUGUUGAUGGCAGACAAGGAGAAGAAAGGCUACAUCAUGGCAUCUGAGCUGCGGUCAAAGCUCAUGAAACUGGGGGAGAAGCUCACCUACAAGGAAGUGGACGAACUUUUCAGGGAAGCAAACAUUGAACCAAAUGGCAAAGUGAAGUACGAUGAGUUCAUCCACAAGAUUACCCUUCCCCCGAGGGACUACUGAGUGAGGACGGGCAUGAUGGAGCCUUCCCCGGGCCUGAAAACUCAGACUGAUGAAUUUUUAAAAAGUGUUCCUUUCACUCCAGGGAGACGGCAGACCAGCGGCAAGCUGACAAUACCCGACUGCAGCAGAUAGUAACCGGCAGUGGAAAUAAAUCAUUUCAGCUCUGACAUUAGCAUGUCUUUCAUCAAUGAUUUGUAUUGAUUUUAGGAACUUCCCUUGGUCCAGCACUUUAAAACAUGGAAAGAGCCUGUGGUUGGUUUGGAGUUGGGCCUGGGUUCCAGUCCUGGCUCUACGUUUCCCAGCUGUGUGGCUAGCCACAUCACUUCACCCCUCAAGGCCUCAGGAUCCUGACUAAAGUGGGACUCCUACCCCUUACCUCAGGGAGGAGCCAUGGUGGCACAGUGGCACAGUGGUUGAGCACCCGGCAGCUAACCAAAAGGUCAGUGGUUCGAACCCACCAGCCACUCCAAGGGAGAAAGAUGUGGCAGUCUGCUUCUGUAAAGAUUUACAGCCUUCCUUGGAAACCCUACGGGGCAGUUCUACUCUGUCCUAUAGGGUCGCUAUGAGUUGGAAUCCUCUUCCAUACUUCUGGGGGGAAAAAAGCCAAUACUGGCUGACAGAUAGCAACAAGCAAAGAACAUUUAAAAACACAAAAACAAAACUUAUGGCAACGUUUCUUGCAGCAGCGUGGGGCCGCUUACAAACUCUCACUUUCAUCUUGACAUACAGUGCAGGAUAUUUGUUCACAGACACGAAGCAUAGAGCGAAACAUUUGUGUGAAGAUGAGGCCGCGUCUGCUGAACAGUGGGAGGAGCGAGCUGACUUCACAUCCCCACACAGAGGAAACCAGAGGAUGCAGCAUCUUGCACUCAGAGGCCCUGAAGGCUCCUGAGGCCUUUCUGACACUCCUAGAACUCCGAGCUCUCUCCUGGGCUCUGUUAUCAGACAGAGUUUCAAGAGACUAGGAUGGUUGACUCAAGUGGGCCAAACUGAUCAUGGCUUCAAGCCCCUUUCCCAGGACAAUUGAAAAGAGGUAAGGGUAUGUAUCAGGGCUGGCUGUGGAGCUACUUGAAUCUGGAGCCAUGGCCAGAGAUACAGCAAGAGACCUGGAAACCUGUUGGGGGGCACUGGUCCUUCCAGACCCCUCCGGCUCAACUGGCUUUGAGUGAGUUAUGCAGCGAGGACGUGUUGUGGGCUGGUACUGCCUGAGCUUCAGAGGUGGCUGUGCAUUCGUCAAACUUGUCAGCAUACAGGAUGGAAGGGAGGGAGAUCUAAGUAGAGAUUUUCAUCCUUAUAUGUAUCAAAAUUUGGCUCUCUGGGCUGUGCCUUUGUCUAAUGGUGUCUAAGUGGCUAAAGCAGAAGAAAACCAAAUCAAGGAGGGGUGUGCCUUUUGGGAGGUUAUGUUGUUGUUAGGUGCCGUUGAGUUGGUUCCGACUCAUAGUGACCCUGUGUGCAACAGAACGAAAUGCUGCCUGGUCCUGCACCAUCCUCAAAAUCGUUGCUAUGUUUAAGCUCAUUACUGCAGCCAUUGAGGGUCCUGGAAGCUAAUAAAAGACAAAUCUUUACUAAGGGCCGGGCACCAGCAAAGCAGGAACAAGACCCUCAUAGUCUUAGUGCAAAUAGCUCACCAUGCUGUGUGGUUCCUCCUGAGAAAGGAGAUCCUUUUAUUUUCCCAGUGUUGUAAUUGCUUAUGGGAAUGACUAUGAAUUCCCCAGAAUGCAAAGAAGGGUUUUGGUGGAGGGACAGGUAGUAAAUGUCCCCAACACUUUCUAAGUGAUCAUCCAUCUCAGAUGCCCAGGUUCCAUGGUCCAGGGGCUGAUCCGGGUUUUUGUGGGGUCUGAGGCUUACGUGAUUUGGCAGCCUUCUUUAAGAAUACAAAAAUAGAAAUGCAGAAUUGCUAAGGCUGCUCCCAGGAUCCUGGAAGAGGUCCGAGCAAGUGAGGAAUCAUGGUGCUUAAGCUUCAUUACCUUCAUUGUGAAUCCACCUGAGAGCUGGUUAGACUCUGGCACCUCAUGUUGUUAGGAGCCAUCAGUUCAGUUCUUAUUGCGACCCUGUGUACAACAACAUACAAACACUACCCCGUCCUGUGCCAUUCUCACAAUGACUGCUACAACAAUGGGCUGUUUGAGCCAACUGUUGCAGCCAUUGUAUCAAUCCAUCUCACUGAGGGUCUUUUAUUCACUGACCUUCACCAAGCACGAUGUCUUUCUCAGGGACUGGUCCUUCCCAAUAACAUAUCCAAAGUACAUGAGACAAAGUUUGGCAAUCCUCCCUUCUAAGGAGCAUUCUGGCUGUACUUCUUCCAGGACAGAUUUGUUCCUUCUUCUGGCAAUCUAUGGUAUAUUCAGUAUUCUUCACCAACACAGUAACGCAAAGGUGUCCUCGAGGUCUUCUUAUUAAUUGUUCAGCUUUCACAUGCAUAUGGAGCCAUUGAAAACACCAUGGCUUGGGUCAGGCACACCUUAGUCCUUAAAGUGACAUCUUUGAUUUUUAACACUUUCAAGGGGUCUUUUGUAGCACAUUUGCCCAAUGCAACAUGUCAUUUGAUUUCUUGACUGCAGCUUCCAUGGGUGUUGAUUGUGGAUGCAAGUAACAUGAAAUCGUGGACAGCUUCGAUAUUUUCUCCGUUUAUCAUGAUGUUAACUUAUUGCUGAUAUGCAAGUUCAAGUAUGCAAAGUAAAGUAUUAUAAUGAAAUGUGCAAAGACCUGGAGUUAGAAAACCAAAAGGAAGAACACAUUUGGCAUUUCUCAAGCUAAAAGAACUGAAGAAAAAAUUCAAGCUUCGAGUUGCAAUAUUGAAAGAUUCUAUGGGCAAAUAUUGAACAGUAAAGGAAGCAUCAAAAGAUGAAUACAGAGUCACUGUACCAAAAAGAAUUGGUUGAUGUUCCCCCUCUCAGGAGGUAGCAUAUGAUCAAGAAGAACAGACGGAAUUGAAGGGAGAGGUCCAAACUGCACUGAAGGCAUUGGCAAAAAACAAAGUUCCAGGAAUUGACAAUACCAAGAUGUUUCACCAAAUGGAUACAAUACUGGAAGUGCUCACUUAUCUAUGCCUGGAAAUUCGGGAGACAGCUACCUGGCCAACCGAAUGGAAGAGAUCCAAAUUUAUGGCCAUUCCAAAUUGACAAAAGAAAAACCAGAGAGAACGCAAAUAAUCCAAAUAACAAAUGAAAUCAGGGCCAUUACAACAGACCCAACUGAAAUAAAAAGGAUCAUAACAGAGUAUUAUGAAAAACUAUACUCCAACAAAUUUGAAAACCUAGAGAAAAUGGACAAACUUCUAGAGACACACUACCUACCCAAAGUAACACACAUUGAAAAUCUGAACAGACUCAUAACAAGAGAAGAGAUAGAAAAGGUAAUAAACUCCCAACCAAAAAAAGCCUUGGCCCAGAUGGCUUCACUGGAGAAUUCUACCAAACAUUCAGAGAAGAGUUUAGACCAGUACUACUCAAACUAUUUCAGAACAUAGAAAAGGACACGAUACUUCCAAAUUCAUUCUAUGAAGCCAGCAUAACCCUGAUACCAAAACCAGGCAAAGACACCACAAAAAAAGAAAAUUACAGACCAAUAUCUCUCAUGAAUAUAGAUGCAAAAAUUCUCAAAAAAAUUCUAGCCAAUAGAAUUCAGCAUCAUAUCAAAAAAAUAAUACACCAUGAUCAUGUAGGAUUCAUACCAUGUAUGCAAGGAUGGUUCAACAUUAGAAAAUCAAUCAACAUAAUCUACCACAUAAAUAAAAGGAAACAAUGACAUGACCAUCUCAAUCGACGCAGAAAAGGCAUUCAACAAAGCCCAACACCUGUUCCUGAUAAAAACUCUCAAUAAAAUAGGUAUAGAAGAGAAAUUACUCAACAUCUAUGCAAAACCAACAGCCAACAUUGUUCUCAAUGGAGAGAGGCUGAAAACAUUCCCCUUGAGAACAGGAACAAGACAAGGAUGCCCUUUAUCACCACUCCUAUUUAACACUGUGUUGGAAGUCUUAGCUAGAGCAAUAAGGCCAGAAACAGAAAUAAAGGGCAUCCAAAUUGGUAAUGAAAAAGUUAAAUGCUCCCUCUGUGUCAAUGAUAUUAUACAAGAAAAUCCAAAAGACUCCACUAGAAAACCACUGGAACUAAUAGAUUCAGCAGAGUGGCAGGAUACAAGAUCAACAUACAAAAAUCAGUUGGAUUCCUACACACCAAUAAAGAGAACGAUGAAAAGGAAAUCAGGAAAACAAUGCCAUUUAUAAUAGCCCCUAAAAAAAACAAAAUACUUGGGAAUAUAUCUAACCAGGGAUGUAAAAGACCUAUAUAAAGAAAACUACAAAACACUACUGCAAAAAACCAAAAAAGAUCUACAUAAAUGGAAAAACAUACCAUGCUUAUAGACAGACUCAACAUUGUGAAAAUGACAAUUCUAUCCAAAGCGAUUUACAAAUACAAUGUAAUACUGAUCCAAAUACCAACAACAUUCUUUAAAGAGGUGGAAAAACUUAUUAACUUUAUAUGGAAAGGGAAGAGGUCCCAGAUAAGUAAAGCGCUACUGAAAAAGAAUAAAGUAGGAGGACUCGUAUUACCUGACCUCAGAACCUACUAUACAGCUAUGGCUGUGGUAGUCAGAACAGCCUGGUACUGGUACAAUGACAGAUACAUUGACCAAUGGAACAGAAUUGAGAACCCAGAUGUAAAUCCAUCCACCUACAGUCACCUGAUCUUCGACAAGGGCCCAAAGUCCAUCAAAUGGUGAAAAGACAGUCUUUUUAACAAAUGGUGCUAGCAAAACUGGAUGUCCAUCUGCAAAAAAAUGAAACAGGACCCACACCUCACACCAUAUACAAAGACUAACUCAAAUUGGAUCAAAGACCUAAAUAUAAAGCCGAAAAAUAUUAAGUUCAUAGAAGAAAAAAUAGGAUCAACGCUAGAGGCCCUAAUACACGACAUUAACAGGAUACAAAUCACAAGCAAUAACACACAAGCUCUAGAGGAUAAGCUAGAUAACUGGGAUCUUCUAAAAAUUAAACACUUACGCUCAUCAAAAGACUUCACCCAAAAGAGUAAAAAGGGAACCUACAGGCUGGGAAAAAGUUUUUGGCUAUUACAAAUCAAAGGUCUAAUCUCUAAAAUCUACAAGAAAAUCCAACACCUUUACAACAAAAAGACAAAUAAUCCACUUAAAAAAUGGGCAAAGGAUAUGAACAGACUCUUCACCAAAGAAGACAUUCAAGUGGCCAACAGACACAUGAGGAAAUGCUCACGAUCUCUUAACUAUCAGAGAAAUGCAAAUCAAAACCACAAUGAGAUACCAUCUCACCCCCGGCAUUACUGGCACGAAUCAAUAAAACAGAAAGUAACAAAUGUUGGAGAGGCUGCGGGGAGAUCGGAACUCUUCUGCACUGCUGGUGGGAAUGCAAAAUGAUACAACCAUUUUGGAAAAGGAUAUGGCUCUUCCUUAGAAAGCUAGAAAUAGAAAUACCAUAUGAUCCAGCAAUCCCACUCCUAGGAAUAUAUCCUAGAGAAAUGAGUCAUCACAUGAAUAAAUAUAUAUACACCCAUGCUCAUUGCAGCAUUGUUCACAAUAGCAAAAAGAUGGAAACAACCUAGAUGCUCAUCAACAGACAAAUGUAUAAUCAAACUGUGGUACAUACAUACAAUGGAGUAUUACCCAACACUAAAGAACAACGAUGAGUCUGUGAAGCAUCACAUAACAUGGAUGCAUCUGGAGGACGUUAUGCUGAGUGGAAUAAGUCAACCACAAAAGGACAAAUACUGUAUGAGACCACUACUGUAAAAACUCAUGUAAAGGUUUACAUACAAAAAGAAACAAUCUUUGAUGGUUACGAGGGUGGGGAGGGGUAGGGAUGGGAAAACACCUAGUAGACAAUAGAUAAGUGGUAACUUUGGUGAAUGGUAAGACAGUACACAAUACUGGGGAAACCAGCACAGCCUGUACAAGGCAGGGCCAUGGUAGCUCCAUAGACACACCCAAACCCCCUGAGGGACUGAAUUGCUGGGCUGAGGGCUGUGGGCCCAUGGUCUCAGGGAACAUCUAGCUCAAGUGGCGUAACAGAGUUUAUAAAGAAAAUGUCCUACAUUCUACUUUGGUGAGUAGCAUCUGGGGUCUUAAAAGACGGUGAGCGGCCGUCUAGGACACCCCACUGGUCUCACCCCUUCGGGAGCAAGGAAGAAUGAAGAAAACUAAAGACACAAGGGAAAGAUUAGUCCAAAGGACUAAUGGACCACAUCUACCAUGGCCUCCACCAGACUGAGUCCAGGACAACUAGAUGGUGCUCAGCUACCACCACUAACUGCUCUGACAGCGAUCACAACAGAGGUUCCUGGACACAGCUGGAGAAAAAUGUAGAACAAAAUUCUAACUCAAAAACACCAGACUUGCUGGCCUGACAGAGACUGCAGAAACCCUGAGAGUAUGGAUCCUGAACAACCUUUCAGCUCAGUAUUGAGGCCCCUCCUGAGGUUCACCUUUUAGCCAAAGAUUGAACAGGCCCAUGGAACAAGACUAAAGGGGCAUACCAGCCCUGGGGUGGGGACUGGAAAGUAGGAGGGAACAGGAAAGCUGGUAAUUAGGAACCCAGGGUUGAGAAGGGAGAGUGCUAUGUCGUGGGGUUGUUAACCAAUGUCAUACAACGUGUGUACUGUUUGAUGAGAAACUAGUUUGUUCUGUAAACCUUCACCUAAAGUUCAAUUAAAAAAAAAUUAUGGCCAUUCCAAAGAAAGGUGAUCCAACAGAAAUCAUCAAACAGUAUCAUUAAUAUCACACACAAGUAAAAUUUUGCUGAAAGUAAUUCAAAAAUGGCUGCAGCAGUACUUCGACAGGAACUGCCAGAAAUUCAAGCCAGAUUCAGAAGAGGAAGUGGAAUGAGUGAUGUGAGUGCUGAUAUUAGAUGAACCUUGGCCGAAAGCAGUUAAUACCAGAAAGAUGUUUACCUGUUUUAUUGACUAUGCAAUGAACUGUGUGGAUCGUAACAAAUUAUGGAUAACAUCGCAAAGAAUGGGAAUUCCAGAACACUUUAUUGUGCUCAUGAGGAACCUGUACAUAGAUCAAAAGGCAGUCUUUUGAAUAGAACAAGGGGAUAUUGCAUGGUUUCAAGUCAGGUAAAGUGUGUAUCAGGGUUGUAUCUUUUUACCGUAUCUAUUUAAUUUGUAUGCUGGCACCUCACGGAGAACUGCUAUUUGACCUUCAGGCAAGGCACAAGGGUCCGCAACCUAUACCUUUAACUUGUCACGGACAUUAGAAAGCAAAUGCUGCACAGCAUAUCUGGAAGACCAAGGAUUAGAAUGGUUUAGAUGCGGAAGCAAAGCAAGCUCUGACUACAGUAAUAAACAAGGGUCCUUUCCUGAAAAGCUUUUUUAAACCUCUAUUGCUGGGAAGCCCUGGUGGCAUAAGGGUUAAGUGCUACGGCUGCUAACCAAGAGAUUGGCAGUUCAAAUCCACCAGGCGCUCCUUAGAAACCCUAUGGGGCAGUUCUACUCUGUCCUGUAGCAUCACUGUGAGUCAGAAUUGACUCCGACAGCUGUGGGUUUGGGUUGGUUUAUUUAUCACUGAGUGCUAAUUUAUCACUGGGCAGUAUGGUUUUAGAAACUUGCUGCUGUAAGUUGGUUGACUCAUAGCCACCCUACAGGACAGAGUAGAACUGCUCCGUAGGGUUUCCAAGGCUGUAAAUCUUUACGGAAACAGACUGCCACAUCUUUCUGCCACAGAGUGGCUGGCGAGUUUGAACCAACCUUCCACUUAGCAGCUGAGCGUUUAACCACUGUGCCACCAGGGCUUCUGUAGUAUGGUGUUAAGGCAGGCUUUAUUAAUUUCACUUGCCUAAGAGGAAUCUGAAGUAUAAAAAAAAAGUAUAGCUUACCAGAAACACGCAGCUGCUGCGGAGUGGUCCUUAGAGCCCAGGGCUCCUCUUCACUGAGGAAUGUCUGUUCCCAGUGGAGGGUGUUCAGCAGCUCGGUGUCUAAGAUUCUGGGAAGUAUUCUGAUUUAAGCCUCUACCCCGGGAAAGGCUGCCUGACUACCCCUCUGUCCUUGUUUGAUGCUUAUUCCUGAAAUCCCAGUUGGCUUACCUGUCCCUUUGUGUUGUUAACAAGGCCACAGUGCUCUUGGCACUCAAAUUGCAGAUAUUCAGCGUUUAAAACCAAACAGAUGCUGUGGUUUGCUAGAAAACUAGCCAUAUUUCCGUAAGAAGGGGAAAUGGUUGCGGUAUAUUUAUCACUUACCUCAAAGCGUACUGCAGAAGAAUCAGUUACUUGUCAUACUUUGAAAUCUCUGGAUGAAAGGUGCUUUGGAAGCUCAGAGCAUGAUCACUUUUCUCACAGGGAUUGUUGCCUUGUACACCCAGCAGUAUAUUUUACAGAAGACAAAUUAUAACUGAAGGCUUUUCUUUUAUUACAUCUAAAGAGCUCUACAUAAACAGGUAACAUUCAAUAGGUAAACAAUUUUUUUUUUCCAAUGCAUGUAAUAAAUAUUUUCACUUGGUACUUUUAUACAAACUGACAUUGGUCUACUAUACAUUUUUAAAAGCCAUUUUACUGGUUUGGCAUGCGGUAUGGAAAUUCUAAGAGAGAAAGUUUUAAGGCAAUGAAUCACAGAUUUUAAGUUCAUGGAAUUUAUGGUAACUUUUAUAUCUGUUUAUAUACAUAACAGCAGCACACUCUGGGACCACCAGCUAUUCUUCCUCCCUCUUUCUGAAAUCUAAGCUUUGUGUUUUAUUAAAAAACAGAAUUCAACAUAUAUUGGUAAAAUUCUUACUAAAAUAAUUUCAAAUAGGCUUUAAAGUCUCAAAGAUCUUGAAAUAUUUUAUGUAUUUAAAACUGAUUAAAAAAAAAAACAAUAUGCUUCCUACAGUUAUUAAUUUAAAAUUGGGAUACAAUUUCAGAUUCAGACAUCUGACUCAAAGGAAAAUCUGCCAAGAAAUCACAUUUGUCAAAAGCUUAGGUGAAUUCUUCCUAAGUCGGUGAUGAUACAGAAUUGUGAUAAUGCCUAAGUUAAUAGUAGAAAAAUUUUAAUGCUCAAAAUAAAUGAGCCAAGCAAAUACGGCACGGUUAAAGUUCAGAUGGCUGUAAAAGGUGUCCAAUAAUGCCCACAAAGUAAUUAAAAGCCACUUCAACCCUGCUACUCAAACAGCUGUUUCAUCAAAGAUGUGUGCGCACACACCACACACACACAGUACUGUACAGAAACACAUAUACAAACAUACGCACACUUACUAUGAAAGACCAAGGCAAGGGGAAUUGUGCCAAUGUGCCUAAGGUUCUGAGAACUGCUACUUGUCCACAGACAGCAUGUCAGUACUGGCAGGGGUGGGGACUGAGGAUGGGCUGAGGGAAACAGAGGUGAAACGACCAUGAGCUUUUUUAUCAGAAAGUAAAGAUGCAGUGCACGACUCUACUACUAAUUAUAGGAAAGUCACUGACUGGUAUCAACCAUGAGACCAACAGAGUGAUAAAUACUAAUAAUACAACAUUCUGGACAGUAGACAACUGAAAGAAACGUUAACGCCUCACAGAAUGGAAUGAGCUAAAAUAAAAAGACGUUUGGUUUACUUCUCCCAUGGAGACAUGACCAUAGACACCGGACAGACAUUAUCUGUUCUUCCCUUAGGUUGGUAAAACGCAGGAAACUAAUUAACCCUCACCAAAACUGGGCUAAAGAAAGUAGACGGAAGGGUUUUCAACUGGAUCAUUUAAAGAGUUUGUAAUUCAGUAUCACAUACAGUUACUGAUCAGAGUUUUGAGACCCACUAACAACAACAGAAAAAGGAAAAAAAAAAAAAUAAACUAUUCCUCUUACCUU